AUGCCGAGCAACUCCCUGGGUUCAGCAACCGGGGCUCCAUCCGGGCUGUUCCCCGUUAUAAACGACGGCAUUAUACAGCCUGAGUCGGCUGAAGACGCAGUCACUAUAGACCCAGUCGUGCUGGAGGAGAUGCUGCUAUUCUGUCGGCGUGCCAAAGUCCCGGUUUCCCACUUUCUCGCAACCAUAUGGGCAGUUAUCCUGCGCCAGUACACCGUCCAGGAUCAAAUCCAGAUGCAGCUGAAGACAGGCAAGGAUAUGAGAGAGCAGGGCACCAUCCUGUCCACCAGCGUGGAGCCACGGCAGGGGAUCAGCGACUUCUUUUGGCGAGAGGCAUGGCACAUUGCACAGGGCGGAUCCACCACCUCUCCUCCUCCGAAUACGAUGAUUGUUUUCCCUGAACAAGGGCUCUCUGGAGUGGACCCGCAUUGCGAUAUCAUGCUGGCUUUCAGCACCGACGAGGAGCCUACCUUAACCGUGCAAUUCAAGCUGGCGACACUGUCGGCCGGCCAUGCACGACUCCUCGGUGAUCUCCUGGCUCAUUAUAUCCGCAGCGCAGUCUACCAACCCGAGCAAUCAGUACGAGACAUCUCUCGGGUUGAUCUUUCCCCGCAUGGAGACGUCAUCCGACAGUGGAACACGCGUCCAGGCCCCCGAAGCCCGGGCAUCGCAAUCCACAGUCUGAUCCGCCUGCAGGCACUGCGGAACGGUCACCGGCCGGCAAUCCACGCCUGGGAUAAAGCGUUGUCCUAUUGGGAGCUGGAUUGUCUGUCGACUCGGCUCGCCAUACGGCUUCACGCCCUAGACAUUGGCCCUAGAUGUCUGGUCGCCGUCUGCUUUGAGAAGUCCGCAUGGGCGAUCGUCAGCAUGCUCGCGAUCAACAAGACCGGCGCGGCGUUCGUCCCUUUGGAUCCCUCCCAACCACGCCAACGACUGGAGACCAUCCUGCAGCAGGUGCCCGUCGCUGCCCUGGUGACUUCGGCGCAGCACGCCGAUAUCGUUCCCGGGAGCCCCCUGGUCCGCAUGGUCAUCCCGGGGGAAAUGAUGGAGAGCUUGCCGGUGGAUGAGAGGAAUACCAUUCUUCCUCGUCCCACGGCCGACGACCCAGCAUACUGCCUGUUUACAUCCGGGAGCACGGGAACGCCACGCGGAUGCCUGGUACAGCAUGCCGCUUUAUCCAGCGUGGCCAACCACAGCCAGGCCCUGCGGAUCGAUGCCGGCAGUCGCGUGCUGCAGUUCGCCUCAUUCGCAUUCGGCAUCUCCCUCAUCGAGAUCUGGUGCACCCUGACCGCGGGAGGCGUGGUCUGCAUGCCGUCGGGGGCGGAUCGUAACGAUCACCUGGUGGACGUGAUCAACGAGAUGAAGAUCGACUGGGCAUUGAUGACGCCCACCACGAUCCAGCUCCUGCGACCCGAGCAAGUCCCGGGUCUGCGCAUCGUCGGCGUGGCCGGGGAGCCACUGCGACGGGCGCAGAUCCAGCUCUGGGCCGACGCCGUGCAUCUGUUCCAGGCCUUUGGCUUGACUGAAUGGGCCGGCAUCUGCGCGGUCUCCCGCCAGGUGGGCACGAGCACGUCCAGCGCCGUCAUCGGAGCCAGUGCUGGGGGCCGGUUCUGGCUGGUUGACCCGGACGAUCAUCACCAGCUAGCCCCUAUCGGAGCAGAAGCAGAGCUCGUCAUUGAAGGGCCGAGUCUGGCGCAGGAAUACAUGAACCACCCCGAGCAGACGGCGGCUAAAUUCAUCGCUCCGCCGACGUGGUGGAUGGGUUCAAAUCCUGCGGCCUCGACCCGGCUGUACAAAACAGGAGAUCUCGUCCGAUACAACACCGACGGCAGUCUAUGCUAUGUCUCCCGCAAAGGAUUGCAGACGAAAGUGCGAGGCCAACGCGUCGAGCUCGGCGAGGUCGAGUAUCACCUGAAGCAGGCGGCCGCCGAGGAGAUCAAAACCGUGGUAGACAUCGUCCAACUGUCGGGCGAGGAAGAUGCCACCCUGGCAGCGUUUCUUCUGGCAGAACGACCGCCGGGAGAACGGCCUCAAGGCCAUCUAGAGGGAGCCCAGAACUGCUUCGUGGCCGCCACGGCCGAUCUGCGAACGGCCAUCCUCCAGGCCCGGGCGACACUCCAGGACACGGUCCCGUCUUAUAUGGUGCCGGGGCUGUUCAUCCCCAUCUCGUAUCUCCCGGUGACCGUGUCGGGCAAGACAGAUCGACGGCGACUGCGGGAGAUGGCGCAGCAGUGUUCACGGGGCAAGCUCACGGCGCUGACCAGGGACGACGAGCCCAUCCAAGAGCCACAGACCGAGACCGAGCGCCUGCUACAGGAAUGGACGGCGGAGGUUCUCAAUCUGCCGUCGCCGGAGGUCGGCAUGAACCAGCAUUUCUUGGAAAUGGGCGGCGAUUCUGUGAGCGCGAUGAAGCUGGUUGGACUGGCUCGUCAACGGGGCGUCGCGCUGACAGUUGCGGAUGUCUUCCAACAUCCUUCUCUUGGGGCUCUGGCGCAGAGAUUGACAUCUUCCGAGACACCCCAGGCGGGUCCGAAAGAAUUUGAACUCCUACCAGAGAGUAGCAAACGAGAGUCGCUACUCACAGAGAUCGCCGCGCUCUGCUCCGUCACAACGGACGAGAUCGACGAUGUCUAUCCUUGCACAGCCAUGCAACAGGGCCUGAUGGCACUCUCGGCCAAUCAAGCUGGCGCCUGUCUCGCUCGCUUCCAGUAUGCCAUCCAGCCGGGGGUGGACGUAGCCCGUCUGCAAGCAGCCUGGAUGCAGGUGGUCGAAGCCAACGCCAUCUUCCGCACGAGAAUCGUCCAGACCGGCGCUCACGGAAUGCUCCAGGUAGUCCUGCGUCCGCAUACUUUCCGGUGGGACGAGGCAGGACCCAGCCUAUCGAAAUAUCUCAAGAAGGUGGACGAGAGACGCAUGCAUCUGGCAGAUGCACUGAUAGCGGCAGCCGUCAUCGACUCCAUGUUUGUCCUCACCGUCCACCAUGCUCUCUGUGAUCGAUGGUCCAUGCAGACAGCGAUGCGCCAGCUGGAGCAUUGCUACACGCAUGGAUCCUCCCCGGCCCUGCCUGCAUUUGCAUGUUUCGUCUCGCAUGUGCAUCAGCAACAUCUGCGCCAACACCAGCAUCAAGAGUACUGGCGAGACUAUUUCCGGGAUCUCGACGUCGAGAUAUUCCCUGCUAUCCCAGCCACACACACUCCAGUGGCAGACAGCAAGAUUGAGGCCCUCGUCCGUCUGCCCACGGGUGUCCUCCCUCGCUGGACCAUGGCGACUCUGCUGCAAGCCGCAUGGGCAAUCGUCGUGGCGCAUCACACCUCCUCCGCGGACGUCGUCUUCGGCGCCACGGUCAGUGGACGAGGGGCUGCUCUGCCCGAUGUCGACCGAAUCUGCGGUCCGACCAUUGCGAACGUGCCGGUGCGAAUCGGUCUGGACCGGGAGGAACCGCUGGCCCGACUGCUCGACCGGGUCCAGCAGCAGAUGGUGGCGAUGAUCCCGUUUGAGCAGGACGGGGUGCAAAACAUCCGCGGCUACAGCGACGAAGCGGCCAUUGCCUGUCGAUAUCAAAGCCUGCUGGUCGUGCAGCCUCGCUGGGAGACGCCGGCGCCGCAUCUCUGGUCCGACAGCCAUCAGGAUGCCACCGCCGUCGGGGCGUUCGCCGCGACGGCAUUGUCUCUAGUGUGCAGUCUGACGGAUUGUCCUCGCGAAAUCCGCAUCGAGGCCAUCUUCGAUGCUCAUGUCCUCCCACCGACUCGGGUCCAGCGUCUGCUGCACCAUUACGAGUCGAUCCUCCACACCGCCGUGCAGGAUCUUUCGCAGACGAUGGGGACGUUGGCUUCCAUCACGCCCGAGGAGCUGGGCGAGAUUCAGGAUUGGCAUCGUCGAUUGCCUCCCCCGACGACGACGACGGCCUGCGCGCAUCAGCUCAUCGAUCAGCAGGUUCGCCAGCGCCCUGAGGCCCCGGCAGUCAGCUCCUGGGACGGCGACCUGACUUAUGCGGAGCUGGACCGGCUCUCCACCACGCUGGCCCGUCGACUCGCCCUGUGGGGAGUGGCGUCGGAGCAAUUCAUCCCCGUCUGUCUGGAGAAGGGCAAAUGGUCCGCCGUCGCCGUGCUGGCGGUGAUCAAGACGGGCGCGGCCUUCACGCUGCUGGAUCCAUCCCAUCCGGUGGACCGGCUCCGGACGAUUUGCCAUACCCUCGGGGCUUCCGUGGUGAUCUCGUCCGGGACGCAGUGGGCGGGAACCCUAGAAACCGAAGUUGAGCUCGUCGACCCGGAAGAGGUGGAGGGAGCAGAACGAUCCGAAUUAUUCGAACUACCAGAAUCGCACCCGGAUCAAGCCCUCUACGCCGUCUUCACCUCCGGAUCGACAACCGGCCAACCGAAGGGUGUAGUUAUCGAGCACCGAGCCUUCUGCAGCAGCGCGCUGGCGCACAAUCCGCUGCACGGCGUCGGGCCGACCUCGCGAGUGCUGCAAUUCGCCUCAUACGCAUUUGAUAUCAGCAUCCUGGAGAUCCUGAGCACCCUCAUUGCCGGCGGUUGUGUCUGCGUGCCGUCCGAGGAGCAACGUCGGGACGCCGUGGUCGAAACGGCCAACCGUCUGCGCGUCACCCAUGCGUUCCUGACGCCUUCUAUCCUGCGCGGUCUGGAUCCCAUGCAGCUCGAAUAUCUUGAGACCCUCAUCCUGGGUGGCGAGGCGUUGCUCCCGUCUGACCUGUCGCGGCUGAUGGGCCAGCGAUUCCGCGUCCUGAAUGAGUAUGGGCCGGCGGAGUGCGCCGUCACGGCCACCGUGACGCAGGCCCUGCAGGAAGGGGACGAUCCGAGGAAUAUCGGCUUCCCGGUCGGGUCCCGGUGUUGGAUCGUCGAUCGACGCGACCAUCAUCGACUGGUGCCCAUCAGCGCCGUGGGAGAACUGGUCAUUGAAGGUCCCACGGUGGGCCGAGGAUAUCUCGCCGAUGCAAAUGCGGACCAGACGUCGUAUGUCGAGCCACCCGCGUGGCUGCAGCAGCAGGUGCUGCCCGGUAAACGCGUCUACAAGACCGGCGAUCUGGUGCAGUAUCAUCUCGACGGCUCCCUCCAGUUCGUCGGCCGAAAAGAUCGCCAGAUCAAAAUCCGCGGGCAACGCAUCGAACCCGAGGAGGUCGAGACUCAAUUGCGACGCUGCUUCCCCGGCCUGCAUGAUGGUGUCGUUGAAAUGGCCAUAUUCGGAGAGGCUCAGACGGCAGCUCUGGUGGCAUUUGUCCAGCAGGAGCAUUUCCGCGCCAGAGAAGGCGCCAACUUGUUCGUGCCCCCCUCGGAGGAGUUCCAACGCGAUAUCGGCAUUGCGGAAGGCCUCCUGCGACAGCGGCUGCCGGGGUUUAUGGUGCCGGCGGUCUUUCUCCCUGUAUCCUCCAUCCCCCAGACCGGGACCGGCAAGGUCGAUCGACGACGACUACGUGCCGCGGUAGAGCGGCUGACGGACGCAGAACUGCAGGCGUAUCGCGUGCCAGGCUGCGAUAUAAAACGGGCCCCGGAGAGCGAGCAGCAGCGAGUGCUGCAGGCGAUAUGGGCGAUGGUGCUCCACCGCGAGACGGACUCCAUCGGCCUGGAUGACCAUUUUUUCUAUCUGGGGGGACAUUCUAUCCACGCUAUGGAGGUCUCCAGCCAAGCUCGCGCGAUGCACUGGGACCUGACCGUGUCGGAGAUCUUCGCCCAUCCGGUCCUGGAGCACCAGGCCUGUCUUCUUCGACCGUCAGCCGGGGCUGAUGAUUCCGUGCCCGUCCCCUUCUCCCUGAUCGGGGAGGAUAUGGUUCGCGAAGACCUGGUGCAGACGGCCGCUGAGCAGUGCCGGAUUCAUCCCGACGAGGUCCAAGACAUGUAUCCGUGCAGUCCGUUCCAGGAAGGACUGCUGGCUCUCAGUGCGCGACACUCGGCCUCGUCCUGCGUGGGACAAUGGGUCUACCGGCUGCCCUUGGAGGUGGAUAUCGAGCGUCUGCGCGAGGCCUGGGAAUGCGUUGCCCAGAGACAUGCCAUUCUGCGCACUCGCAUGGUCCAAGGCCCGGACCGUCGCUUGUAUCAAGCCGUGGUUGGUUCUGUCUCCCUCUGGUGGCAGGUAUGCCCUCGUCUGUCGGCCACCAGCAUGGAGGAGAUCCGAAGAGAGAUGAUGAUGGGCUUGGGACGGCCGCUGGUGCAUCUACUCUUGCAUGAGCAAACCGCUCCUCGUCUCCUGCUGACGAUGCACCACGCCAGCUACGACGAGGUUUCCAUGCGUCACAUCCUGCACGACGUUGAGGCGGCCUAUCGCGGAUUCCACGGUUUGGUGACCCGUCCAUUCGCCCCUUUCAUCCAGUUCUACCUGCAGAGAGCAGCGGACCCCGCCGACGAACAGUAUUGGAGACAAGCCCUAACGGAUCUCGCGGCGACGCCGUUUCCUGACCUCCCAACCGCCUCCUACCAGCCAUCUUCGUCCAAGGUGCUGGAGCACCGAAUGAGUCUGAGAGCCCAUCAUGAGUAUCAUCGUGCCGGCGUCACACGCGCGUCCCAGAUCCAUCUGGCCUGGGCCAUUGUGCAGUCUCGCUACCAGCGGAAUCCCGACGUCGUCUUCGGAGUGACUGUAUCCGGUCGAUCCGCUCCAGUGCCUGGCAUGGAGCGUAUUUCUGGGCCCACGAUUGCCACCGUCCCUCUCCGCCUGGUGCUGGAUCCGCAGCAGCCGCUGGGGGCGUUGGCGCACCGCGUGCAGGACAUCCGAUCGGCGACCAUCGCGCACGAACACGCUGGGUUGCAAUCCAUUCGCCAGUGGGGAUCGGAUGCGGCACAGGCCUGUUCCUUUCAGACGUUGCUGAUCGUGCAGCCCGGGAGACAGUAUGACCCCCACGGCUCUGAAGGCCUGCUACAGCUCGUCGACUCGGUGACCGACUGGACUGCAUUCAGCAGCUACGCGCUAUUGCUCGCAUUUGAGCUGCACGAGGGAGAGGGAGAAGACGAAGAGCGGGUGGUCCUACAGGUCUGCUUUGAUCCGGCCGUCAUCCCAGAGCCACAGGUGCAUCGGGUGGUGGCCACGUUUACAGAGGUGUUGCAGCAUUUGAUCCUCCAUCCCGAAACGCGUUUGCAGGAUCUCUCAUCGAUCAGCCACCGCGACUAUCAGGAGAUCGUGGCAUGGAACAGUCGUCAAGAGUCCAUCGCCACCAGCUAUCACUCGGUCCAUCAGCGGAUCCACGAACAAUGUCUCCGACAUCCGGACUUCCCGGCCGUCUGCGCGUGGGAUGGAGAUUUCUCCUCCCAAGAACUGAAUGUACUAUCCACCCGUCUGGCCGAACACCUCAGCCAGCAGGGCGUGCGUCCGGAAGAGGUGGUUCCCCUCUAUUUUGAAAAGUCGCGAUGGACGACUGUGGCCAUCCUGGCCGUGCUCAAGGCCGGCGCGGUCUUUGUUCUGCUGGACCCGUCGCAUCCCCUGGAGCGUCUCCGCGACAUGUGUGAGCAGGUCCAUGGCCGGGUCCUACUCGUCUCGGAGCGCUGCAUCGACAUGCCUACCUCCCUCUGCGCCGUUCAGAUCCCCGUGGGGGACCACUAUCGCGACAGCUGGCCCUGCGUGCCGCAGGGUUGGACCGGCCCCCCCACCAGCCCCAACCAGGCCUUGUAUAUUGUCUUCACGUCCGGAUCCACGGGGAGACCCAAAGGCGUGGUGAUCGAACAUGGCGGCUUCUGCUGUGCGGCGCAGGCGCACGCUCAAGCCCUGGGACUGGACCAGACGUCGCGGAUGCUCCAGUUCUCGGCGUACGCGUUCGAUAUGAGCGCGAUGGAGACGCUGACGACCCUGCUGAUGGGAGGCUGUCUCUGUGUGCUCUCUGAGAUGCAGCGUCGCGAGAGUGAUCGCUUCGUGGAGGCGGUCCAGUCUCUGCGUGCCUCCCAUGCCAUUCUAACCCCGUCCUUUGCGCGCUCCAUCCCGGUCGACCGCUCCCUCGGCUCGCUGAAGGUAUUGGGUCUGGUCGGAGAGAAAGUCAAGCAAGGGGAUGUCGACAAAUGGGCCUCCACGCUGCACCUGGCGAAUACCUACGGACCGGCCGAGUGCUCUGCUCUGUCGGUCAUCCAGCCGCAGCUGGGCCAUCAGCACCCGAGUACGAUCGGUUUUGGCACGGGAUGCACCACCUGGGUGGUCGAUCCCGAUGAUUAUCAUCGUCUGGUGCCCAUCGGGGCCACGGGUGAGCUCUUGAUUGAAGGUCCCAUCGUCGGCCGUGGGUAUAUCAACCAGCCCGAGAAGACGGCCGAGGUGUUCAUCGGUCCCCCUGCAUGGCGUCGUGAACUACCCUUACCGUGGGGCCGUCUCUACCGGACGGGGGAUCUGGUCCGCUACGAUGCAUCUGGGGCCCUGGUCUUCCAGGGACGCAAUGACACCCAGGUCAAGGUCCGCGGCCAGCGACUGGAGCUGGGCGAGGUGGAAUCUCGCGUUCAGUCCUACUUCCCGGGUGCAUCAGACGCAGUGGCUGAGUUGGUCGAUCUGCACGGCGGAGACCUUUUGGUCGUAUUUGUUCUCCCAGAGAAAAAGACGGCGUCAGCCCCAGAUCCAGCAUCAUCGUCGCCCUUGGCCCCCUAUAGCGCGGAGUUCCGGGCGGACGCCAUCCAGGCCGAAUGUCUGCUCCGAGAAGUCCUUCCUGAUUACAUGGUGCCGGCCCUAUUCCUCCCCUUAUGGCGCAUGCCGCACACAGCCAGUGGAAAAGCCGAUCGAAGAUGUCUUCGAAAGGCAACCGCGGACCUGUCUCCGGAGGAGGUCCAGCUCUAUCGCGAAGAGCCUGCUCAGCAGCAGCAGGGGGAAGAAGAGCAGCAAAUGUUGAGCGAGGAAGAGAGGAGCAUGCGCGAGGUAUGGGCAGCGGUACUUCGCCUGCCUCAGUCGAGAAUCCGCGCGGAUAGCCACUUCUUCCGGCUUGGGGGCGACUCCAUCGUGGCCAUGAAGGUGGCCCCCAUGGCUCGAGAGCGUGGACUGGGCAUCACCGUGGCAGACGUCUUCGAGACUCCCCGACUGCGAGAGCUGACCAUGGUGGGGAUGCAGAAUGCGCCCUGGCAAAAGGGUGGCCAGAAACCCGUCCCCCUGGCGUUGUCGCCGCUGGAGGAUCCUUUCGAGUAUUUCCAGUGUCUCCAGGCCCUGGGGUUAGUCCCGGCGCAGUCGGAGCUGGAGGACCUGUUUGCGGCCGCAGACGUGCAGUCAUUUUUUCUGAAACGUCGCACGACGCACCAUUAUACCUUUACACUGACCGGAAGAGUCGACGUGGACCGUCUGCAGCAGGCUUGCCAAUGGGCCUUGGAAAGCUUCAGCGUCCUCCGCACGUUCUUUGCCCGGCAUGGAGACCAGCAUCUCCAAGUGGUUCUGCGCCAACUCGAGCUUCCUUUCCAUCAUAUCACCGGCCUCGCGGAUCUGCCCGCUUUCCAGAAGUCCUUAUGGGAUGCCGAUCGACUGAAUGAGGUCCUUCCGGCCUUACCGGCUCGGUUCAUGCUGCUGUCGAGCCGCGAUGCCCAGGAACAUGUCUUCAUCGUGCGCUUACUGCACGCCCAGUGGGAUGCUAUCUCCAUCCCGGUGCUGUUCAAUGCCAUCGCCACCAACUACAAUGUGACUGCGCCACCGUCGCCCCCCUCGACGGACUUCUCUGACUUCCUCCAUUGCCGUUCGCAGCAGCCGAAGAGUCCAGCCUUGGAAUUCUGGCGUAGCCUGCUCGAAGGGUCCCGUAUGACUUCACUUCCCACGGGAGUUGACAGAUCAUCCGACUUGCCUACCACCACGCUGUGGGAAAACCAAGAAAUCCAGACACCGCACCAACCACCCACAGGGAUCACCAUGGCGACGCUAGUCAAGACAGCGUGGGCGUACGUUCUGUGGACCACGACCGGCGAGCGGGACCUCACCUUCGGCCAGACGGUCAACGGCCGCAGCCUGCCUCUGCCCGGCGCCGACUCGAUCCUGGGACCUUGUAUUAGUAUCAUCCCCGUGCGCAUCCGACUCGAUCCAGCCAGCUGGAGUGUACAGGAUCUCCUACAGAUGGUCCAGGACCAACAUACCCAGAGCCUUCGGCAUGACUUUGUGGAUCUCUCUGAUAUCGUCGACCAUAGUACCGCGUGGCCUAAAGGCACUGAGUUCGCAUCGAUUGUGCAGCAUCAGAACUUUGAUUUCGACUACAGACUUCCUCUCCAGGGUCUACAGUCGAGAUUUUCCCUCCAGCAUAAUUUCUCCCCAAGAUCGGAGCUGUUCAUCUUUACGUAUCCGCUGCCGGACCGGCUUCUAGUACAGGUGUGCGUGUCGACAGCCGUGAUGGAAAGGUCGAGGGCUGUAGAGUUGUUGAAUCAGUUGUGCGGGACAAUCAAGGCUUUUGCUCAUAGUCCUGAGAAACGCCUUUUAACUCUGAAGAAUCGAACACAAUUCAAACAAUCCCUGCAGGAAAUAUCUGCGAGCGCCUGCUUUGCGCAAGGAAUGUAG